GCCCAUUUUCACCUGACGCACUGAAAACUGUCUACAUACUGCUUAUCAGCGGCAGUGGAGUGGAUUUUAAAUUGGUUUUUUAAUUUAAUUUUUACAGAAAUUAAUGCUAGAAAAUGCGCAUCUAAUUCAAGAACAAGGUGAAUCGCAAAGAUUUUCCCGCUUUUAGAAAAAAAUAAGUAGUUCAUGUUAAUCAAACAAGUGUAUUUUUUUAUUAAUAUUUAGUGGUGUUAAAAAAAAGAAAAACAUUACAGAAAAACUUUACAGGAAACAACAAAUCAUCAUGAACUCUCUGAACCAGCAGUAUGAGGAGAAGGUGCGUCCCUGCAUUGACCUCAUUGAUCGUCUUCGCUCUCUGGGUGUAGAGAAGGACUUGGCGCUGCCUGCUAUCGCCGUUAUUGGAGAUCAAAGCUCGGGGAAGAGCUCUGUGUUGGAGGCGCUGUCAGGGGUGGCUCUGCCAAGAGGAAGUGGCAUUGUAACAAGAUGUCCUCUUGAACUGAAGAUGAAGAGAAAGAAAGAGGGAGAGGAGUGGUAUGGAAAGAUAAGCUACAAGGACUAUAAGGAAGUUAUAAAAGACCCUGCAGAUGUGGAGAAAAAGAUCAGAGAAGCUCAAGAUAAAAUUGCCGGGGUCGGGGUGGGGAUCAGUAAUGACCUCAUCAGUCUGGAGAUCGCCUCUCCUGAUGUUCCAGACCUGACACUCAUUGACCUGCCCGGCAUCACCAGAGUGGCUGUCAAGGGACAACCAGAGAACAUUGGAGAGCAGAUAAAGUUAAUGAUCGAAAGGUUCAUCAAAAAACAAGAGACCAUCAGCUUGGUGGUUGUUCCAUGCAACGUGGACAUAGCAACCACAGAGGCUUUGAACAUGGCACAGCAGGUGGAUCUUGAUGGAGAGAGGACUUUGGGUAUCUUGACCAAACCUGAUCUAGUGGACAAAGGCACAGAAGAGACAGUGGUUCACAUCGUUCAUAAUGGCGUCAUCCCCCUGAAGAAGGGCUACAUGAUCGUCAGGUGCAGGGGUCAGAAGGAGAUCAAACAGAAGGUGUCUCUUACUGAAGCAACAGAAAAAGAGAAAGCCUUCUUCAGUGAUCAUGUGCAUUUCAAAACUCUCUAUGAUGAAGGCUAUGCCACUGUUCCUAAACUGGCUGAGAAACUCACCAUUGAGCUGGUGCAUCAUAUCCAGAAAUCUCUGCCUCGACUGGAGGAGCAAAUAAAGGGGAAACUAAAACAGACUCAGACAGAUCUGGAUAGAUAUGGGAAUGGACCCCCAUCUGACAGAACUGGGAGACUCGGUUUCCUCAUUGAUAGAGUGACAGCGUUUACACAUGACGCUAUCAGCCUCACCACAGGGGACGAACUAAAAUUUGGAGUCAAUAUCUUUUCCAUACUCAGAAAAGAGUUUGCAGCAUGGAAAGAUACCAUAGACCGCUCUGGAAUAACAUUCAACUGGAAUAUUGAGAGAGAGGUAGCUCAGUAUGAGCGAAAGUACCGUGGAAGAGAAUUGCCAGGAUUCAUCAACUACAAGACCUUUGAGGGCAUGGUCCAGGAGCACAUCAAACAUCUUGAAGAUCCUGCUAUCCUGAAACUCAAGGAAGUGGCAGAAAUUGUGAAGAAAGAGCUGUUUAAGCUGGCACAGUGCAGCUUCGUUGGAUUCCCUAACCUCGUCACAAUAGCCAAGGUGAAAAUUGAAGCUAUUGUAAACAAGAAGGAAAUUACAGCAGAGUCCAUGCUGAGGACUCAGUUUAAGAUGGAGUUGAUCGUCUACACUCAGGACAGCACAUACAGCAAGAAGUUAGGGAAACGGAAGAGAGAAGAAGUAGAACAGGAGAAAAUCACUGGCCGCGCUCUCAGCAGUAAUGACACUGGGGCCACCUUGAAAGAGAUGAUGAAACACAUUAAAUCCUAUUACCAGAUUGCUGGUCAGCGUCUGGCUGAUCAGAUCCCACUGGUGAUCCGCUACCAGAUGUUGCAGGAGUCUGCUGUCCAACUGCAGAGGGAGAUGCUGCAGAUGCUUCAGGACAAGGAGAAAACCGAGUCCCUGCUUCAUGAGGAACAUGGCAUAAAAACCGAGAGAACCAACCUUCAGGGUCGCAUCAAGCGCCUGUCAAAUGCACGCAUUUUGCUGACUGAGUUUAGUAUGAACAUAUACAACUUCAACACAUCUCCAGUGCAAAACCUAAACCCAGAUUUCUAAUUAGCACAUUUAAAUGUGCUAAUUCAGCAUUCUUUAUUUCUCUACCAUGCAUAUUUCUGAGCAUAAUUAGUCAUUUAUUUUAGAGAUUUAAUAUCCAUGUUUUCUGAGACUUUUCAUUCAAUAUGUUCAUGUUUCAUAAAAAUUCUCUCAAUAGGUCUCAAUAGUUUGAUCUGUGUAUAUGAUAUGUAAGUUUACUUUGGUUGAAAAUGUAUUAAUAGCAGCAUUAGUAGCUUAUGAUUUAUUUGCUGUGCUGAUUUAGUUUCAGUAGUGGUUGAGUUAUUGCUUCAUUCCUGUGUUUAGACAAUAACUGUGUUUGAAGUGAAACUAUCUUUGUUGGAUUAUUAUUUAUUGGAAGUAGGAAUUAUGAUGUCUAGAUUAAUAUUUUUGUUGUCCUUUUUCUUCUGUUGGCAAAUAAAACAUC